AUUCAGCGAGUCACGUCGUCAUGACUGCCUCGCCUGCGCUCGCGCUUGCAAUACGGGAUAUGAAGACUCGAUCGCUAACAACUCAUCGGGAUUUCGGAACGAUAUCACCCGACACUGCCCGGUACGGUACAACAACAGUACGGUACCGUUCCUGCUUCCUACGGGCCACGACCACUGCACUGAAACUAUAAAGUCUGAUUCAUCAUUUGACUUGCUACUGUUCCCUGCUUGAUCAGGACGAUGGCGAUACGGAGCGUACCUUGGCAGAGGUCUGUGUCCGACGCCGUCUCAUGGCACCAGGACCAAGCUCUGUCGGCUACCAUCUACAUCCUCAGGGAAACGGGUCCGACAGGGUUCCUACUCAAGGAGGAAGGAGAGUCCAAAAAAGUCAAGGUAUUUCUCGGAGAUCCUCACAAGUGUACGUGUACUACCUUCAGGAAGGAGAAGGAUCUUUGCAAACAUAUUUGUUGGGUACUGCUGAAGAAAUUUCGUCUGGAAAGGAAUAAUGAAUUAUCCUACCAAAGAGGCCUUGUGGAGCGUGAGAUCAACGCUGUUCUGAGGGGUCUGGCAAAGAAGGAGGACCCAAGGAGGCGGGCGGCGGCGGCUCGGCUCGCGAGGAAUGCAGGCAAAGGGGAGACAUCUUACUCUCAUUCUGAUGGGAAGGAAGCGUUACAGCAGAGGGAGAUCACCGAGGAUGAUGUCUGCCCCAUUUGUCAAGAUGAACUCCUUGGAAACAGAGAGCCAGUCACAUUUUGCAGGUUUGGGUGUGCCAAGAGCAUUCACAUCAAAUGCAUGAAGGUAUGGGCGGACCAUCAGAAGUCCACCGGCGAGACGGUCUUGAAGUGCCCCCUCUGUAGGGAAGAUUUCGGUCAGAUCGACAUCUUGGAGGCGGAGUAUCGCAACUCGUCUUUACAAAAGACGAGAGCGGAGUGCGCCGACAUCCACAUGGGCAAGGCAUGUGCUGCCUGUAACCAGUCACCUAUCUCAGGAAAAUGUUAUAAAUGCACAGAAUGCAGAGACCUCUACUUGUGUCAGAACUGCUUUGUAUCUAAUGCUCAUUCAAACCACUCAUUCCAGUUUAGGCAGAAAAGUAACCAGAGAUGGCGUCCUGCUCAACGAGGAUCAGGAGGAGCUCUGCCAACAGCGGUCAUAUCGGAUCUUGAGAACAGAGAUAUCACGGAUGAGGAUUAUGAUACUCUACUGCAGCUUGAUAAUCCCGCAUCUAACCAGCUGAGCAAUGUCCCCGAGCAUGUGGUGAAGUCUUUCCAUGUCGAGACGGUCCGUGAAGGCAGCAACCUCCUGUCUUUGGGCACCCAGUGCAGAGUGUGCUUGAGAGCCUACACCAUCGGACAACUGGUCAAGAAACUCCCAUGCAGGCAUAAGUUCCAUGCAGCGUGCAUAGACCAGUGGUUGCUGCACGAGCACCCAACAUGCCCUGUGGAUGGGACGGCGGUCUGGAACCCCCACUCGGAGCAGACCAGACCUGGCAAGAAGAACAAGAAGACCAACCAGGGGAACGAGGGUAGGGCGGAAGGAGGGGAUACUGUCCUUCAGAUCGGUCCUGGAUUGGGGGUCGUCAAGCUCCAAGGGAGGGAUUCUGCAGGGAGGCAGAGGGGAAGGGCAGGACAUGGAAGGGAUACGGAUUCCACAGAGGUUGGACUUACAUCGGACUUCCAGCUUAUGGGCUCAUCCUUCGCAAAGCCUGCACUACCAAACAGGUCUACUGCUGAUCGGCAUGGAAUGCUUCAGCAGAACUCUGAUCCCACCCACACCACCCCCCUGCAUAGAUCGCAUUCACACGAAGCCCUCAUCGAUACCACCUCACCGUCAACUUACCGUGCAUCUCCCCUGAGGACUCUGAAUAUAGGUGACGUCAACGGACCGACCACCGCCUCCAGGCAAACAGGUGUGGUCAGGCACCGACCCCCCGCCAGACCCGCUUCUCUGGACAGACAUAGAACUCACGUUGCUUCCAUUCCUCUGCGGAGGGAGGAGGUCAUGUCCCCUGUCAGAGGUCACGGCAGCAGCGAUGCGCCGGUCCCGAGGCUUCCUCUAGAGAAUGGUCUUCACUCGCCUCAGGGUGGCGUCAGAGAGAGGGGUCGAGAGGCCGAUGGGCGGAGGAGAAGGGGCGGGAGCUUCGGCAGGAAUCGCUCUUCGUCGAGAGAAAGGCCACACCGCCAACAAGAUGACAUACCACAGAGUGCAGAGUCCCUCUUCCUUGGCUCAAGCAGCGGACAGCUGAUUGGGUCGUCUAAACCACCUUCAUCAAACUCUAUGGGCAACCAUCACCAUCAUCAUCCGAGGUCAAAGGUCAAGCCACUAUUGACCAAUAAGCAUGCCAGCCCGAGCAGAGACUCGGCGGACCUUGCUCUCGCAGGCAGUGCCAUGAACAAUCUGAAUAUAAGUGGGUUCGGUGACUGACAGAAGAUGAUAGAAAUGAAAUUUAUGGCAAAUGCAAUGAAAUGAUUAUUGUGUGAAUAGACGUGUGUGACUUUCCAGAUUUUAAAGUAUAUAAUAAUAAUAAUAAUAGGCAUUUAUAGAGCGCCAUCUAUCUAGAAAUAUUCUAUUCCAAGGCGCAUUGAUUAUUAUUAUUAUUAUCCCGGCUUUAGCUCGAGCUGCCUUUCAGCGCUCAGUGCAUUCAAGGAAUUAAUCCUGCCGGGUACCCAUUCACCUCACCUGGGUUGAGUGCAGCACAAUGUAGAUAAAUUUCUUACUGAAGGAAAUUACCCCAUGGCUGGGAUUCGAACCCACAUUAACCCUCUGUUUCAAAGUCAGAAGACUAAUCCACUGGGCCACAACGCUCCACUUGAUAUUUAUACCAAGAUCCUUUUGCAUAAACUUUACCGCAGAUGGUAGUUUUCUAUCAGUAUUGAUUCCUACAAAAACUGAUGAUAUUGAUGGCUGUUAACAGUCAGACUGCAGGUCCCAAGAAAGUGGCUUCUUUCAUCCAAGUGAUAUUCAUGACUUGAGAUGUUUUGCAUAUUUAAUGAGCUUGAUGCGGACCAAAACACCUCUUUUCAUUCGGCCAUUGCUGCUCUAAUUAUGCAUCGAAUUUCAUGAAUUUGGUACCAUUGUAAAGAAGAAGAAUCAUUCUUUCAGGUCAUGUGUUUGGAUUUAUUCAAAGAUUUUGUAAUAUAGGUUAAAAUUUUGAUCUAAAAUAUGCUACAAAAUAAAUAUUUUCACCUGACAAAAGCUGCUAUUUUCACACUUUAUUUUUAUUUGAGCCCAAAUGAUUUUUAUAUCAUGAUAAAGCUGAAUAUGUAUGCUUUGAAAUGAUAUAGGUUUCAAAAUAAGAAUUGGUUUAAUCGGGUCAAGAUCACACAUUUACAUAAAGCAGCUUGAAAACAAGUAUACUGCACUCUGAUUGGUCAAAAAGACCACACAAUGGCAAAUUCCAACGGUUCCAGUGCCUGGGUUCGUGGGAAGGUCACACUUCCCAUGUGGUAAUCUCCUCAAAUACCCCGCGCCUGUUGUUCUGUGAACCUUAUCCAGCCAAUCAGAACUCUGGAUUUCAUGCAAGUACAAAAUUUCAGAAAUCUCGUCUUGUACCUUGGUGGGAAAAGUGUGAUCUUGACCCGAUUAAAAGGUGCCGCAUAUCAAGAGUGGCAUUGUGAGAAAGUACAGAAGUUCAGCUUUAUGGUGAUAUAGAUAUCAUUGAGGCUCAAAAUAAAAAGUUUUGCACAAUUUGCAAAAGAAAACAGAGGAAGAAAAUUCAGUUUUGAGGCACAAAUUCAGGCCAGAAAUUUACUUAUUUAACAAAAUAUUGUAUACAAAAUAAAUGACCAAUAUGAAAGAGUAACUUUUACUCUAUCUGAUGGUGCAAUAAUAUUUCAUUUAACUUGAGGUUAAAACAGGUAAAUUCUUAGAGAAAGAAAAUCUCACGAAUCACGAGAUUUUGCAAGGAGGAGGAUUCAGCCACGAGAUGAUUUGGAUGAAUCUGGCCUUUUUGCUCAUUAGCAUAGGGACCUGCGGUCUGACUGUUAAUGUUUCCCAUGCUGGAUGCAAAUUCAAGCAACCUGUUUUUCUUUUGAUUUUUUAUUCUUUAUUUGAUUAUUGCAUUAUUGUUAUGUACAUUUUGAUAAUUGUAUAUAUAUUUAUGAGAGACCAGUUUUCCAAAUGCAUGAUUCUAUAAUAAAACAGUACUUUUUCAUCUUUAAAA